AUGCUCGGCAAAUCUGCGACCCCAGAAAAGGCCGUCGCGCCUAGUGGCAACGACAUCUUGUCUCGGGCGGCGCACGCGCUCACAGCCCAAGAUGUGGUGCGAGAACUGCACACGGACGAAAAGAACGGCCUGACCCAAGAAGAAGCGGCCGAGCGGUUGACGAGGUACGGGCCAAACGAAUUCGGCGAAGAGACGCCCAUUCGGCUGCUCAAGAUUCUUUUCGCCCAGUUGUUCAACGCCAUGACCCUUGUGCUCGCAUUAGCUCUCGCCGCCAGCUUCGCCAUCCGGGCCUGGGUCGAGGGCGGCGUCUUGGCGGCCCUCAUCCUCAUCGACAUCGUCAUCGGCUUCUUCCAGGACCUACAAGCAGCCAGGAUCGUCGCGUCCCUGGAGUCGUUGCACUCGCCGACGGCCCACGUCUGGCGCGGCGGCCUGUACGAGACCCGAGAAGCGACCGCCGUCGUGCCGGGCGACGUCAUCGAGUUCAAGACGGGAGACAAGAUCCCCGCGGAUGCCCGCCUGAUCGACUCGGUCGUCCUGGAGACGGACGAGGCCCUGCUCACCGGCGAGAGCCUGCCGGUCCAGAAGAACCACGCCGCGAUACUGGGCGACCCGGACGUCUCCCCCGGGGACCAGUCGAACGUCGUCUUCUCUUCGACGGUCGUCACCAAGGGCCGUGGACGCGCGGUCGUGUUCGCCACGGGCUCCUUCACCGAGAUCGGGGUCAUAGCAGCCGCGCUGCGGAUGAAUCAAGCCGAACACCCUGAGGACGACGAGCUUAGGCGUGCCCGUGAUGGCGGUGGUAGAGUGCCCGUUCUCGCGUACCUGAAGACUGGUUUCCGCAAGGUCUGGAGGGCCAUCGGAAAGUUCCUGGGACUGACGGUCGGCACGCCCCUGCAACGCAAGCUCUGGAGGCCCUCGGAGGGGUUACGAGUAAACAUCUGCUCGGACAAGACGGGGACUCUGACCCAAGGCAGGAUGGUGGCCAAAGCCGCGUGGAUCCCCGGCCACGGCACCUACUUUGUCGAUUCGGGCGACCAGCCCUACAACCCCGACGUGGGCGAAGUUGAGUUCACCGCGGGCGAGCCGUCCGACCGCGAUGCUCCGGCAGCCAUUGCCCUGCCGGCGGAGAAGCCGCAACAUGACGGAGGAGGUGCCUACCAUUACCUCAACAUCGCCGCCUUGGCCAACAAUGCAAGUUUGGAAAAGGACGACGGCGACGACGAUAGCGACGAGAAUGCGGUCGAGCCUUGGAAGGCAAAGGGUGACCCGACAGAAAUCGCCAUUCUUGUCUUUUCCUUUCGAUUCGGGCACCGCGACGAUUCGGCUCUCCCGAUGCUCGACUGGGACAAGGUGGCAGAGUUUCCGUUUGACUCGACCGUCAAGCUCAUGUCCGUCGUCUGCAGGCAUCGAGAAUCCGGCGAGCUGCAGCUCUUCACCAAGGGCGCUACAGAAAGGGUCAUGGAGCGCUGCACCACCAUGUCCAGCCGCGGCGACACGACCGAGGACAUGAAUAGCGAAACGACUCUGGCCAUCGCGGCGAACGCAAAGGCUCUCGCACAAGACGGUCUACGCGUUCUGGCCCUGGCGAGUAAGCCCGUGCCACCCACCCCUGCGCGGCCUCAAGGAAGAGGGGACGACGACGACGACGACGACGACGACGACGAGAAAAAGAUGCACGCCCUCCCACGGGAGCACUUCGAGCGCGGCCUCAUCUUCCGCGGCCUGAUUGGCAUCUACGACCCCCCGCGGCCCGAAUCGAAGCCCAGCGUGCAAAAGUGCCACCAGGCCGGCAUCCAGGUACACAUGCUGACGGGCGACCACAUCGACACGGCGCGCGCCAUCGCGCACGAGGUCGGCAUCCUGCCGCCGCCGCACCGGCAGGACGCGCUGCUGCAGUCCGCCCCGGCGGCCCGCACGACCGUCAUGACGGCCCGCGACUUCGACGCCCUGUCCGACGCGCACAUCGACGCCAAGCUGCCGCAGCUGCCGCUCGUGGUGGCGCGGUGCACGCCCGCGACAAAGGUGCGCAUGGUGGACGCGCUGCACCGGCGCGGGCGCUACGUGGCCAUGACGGGCGACGGCGUCAACGACAGCCCGAGCCUGCAGCGGGCCGACAUUGGCAUCGCCAUGGGGCCCAACGGGAGCGACGUCGCCAAGUCCGCCUCGGACAUUAUCCUCAUGGACGACAACUUUGCGAGUAUCCUCAACGCCGUCGAGGAAGGGCGGAGGAUCUUUGACAACGUGCAAAAGUUCAUGCUCCACGUGCUGGCGGCGAAUGUCGGCCUCGUCAUCACGCUGCUGGUCGGCCUGGCGUUUAGGGACGACGAAGACCUGUCCGUCUUUCCGCUCUCGCCCGUCGAGAUCCUCUUUAUGAUGCUCGUGGCGGGUGCCUUUACCGAGAACGGCCUCGGGUUCGAGGCCGCGUCGCCCGAUAUCCUCAGGAGGCCGCCUCAGAACCUCAAACACGGCAUGCUGCCCCCCGAGUUCUGGGCCGACCUCAUCGUAUACGGACUCAUCAUGGCCGUGUGCCUGCUCGGCUCCUUCGUCAUCGUCCUCUACGGCCUGUACGGCGGCAAGCUGGGCGAUGACUGCAACAUCGAGUACUCGGACGCGUGCGGCGCCGCCUUCCGCGCCCGCUCGACCUGCUACGUCGUCAUGAUGUGGAUCUUCCUCUUCUUCGCCUGGGAGCUCAUCGACAGCCGGCGCUCCUUCUUCUACGGCGCGCUCGCGGACCCCAACGCCUGGAGGCGGCGCCUCACCGACAAUAAGCCGCUGUUCUGGUCCGUCGUCGUGGGCGUAGUCAUCGUGUUCCCCACCAUCUACAUCCCCGGCCUCAACCACGAUGCCUUCCUGCACGGCGCCAUCGACAAGGAGUGGGGCAUCGUGUUUGCCCUCUUCUUCUUCUUCCUUGGCUCGUGCGAGGUCUGGAAGUGGCAGAAGAGGGCGUUCCUGAGACGGAGGCAUCUGAUGGUCGAGAGCGAGCAGGACGUCGCGGACCGUGACCUGGAGCGAUGA